AUGCAGGCACACUAUUUUGCUGCUGCUGUUGUUGUUGUUAUUGUCGUCUCAGGCUCGCACCUUUCCCUGGUGAGCGAAUGCGUCAAAAGGCGCUGCUAAACCUCGGCGUCGUGCGCGUGACUUGUCGGCGGCCGUUGCCGGUCUCCGCGGGUGGGGGCGGGGGCCUGGGGGAAAUCUCAGGCUGUCCGCAGGCGGAGCGGCCCUGCCCUUUUCGUUCGUGUUAGUGUAGGGAUGGAUUAACGGUUUCCCCCAUUCCUGCCCUCGCCCCCGAAAAGGAACUCCCUUCCUCUUGACCUCAUGGAGCGAGCGGCGGUCACGCCGACACCAUGAGCCGCCUUCCUGCAGCAUCGAGGCGGGCAGCAGCUCCUCUAGCAACCGCCGGUUAGAUGGGCCUCGGCGACUAUAAAUAUUAAAUCACCUAUUUGUGCGUAUUUGGAAGGACGACAAAAGUUUUAUCUUUAUUUCUAAAUGUUAAAAAGAGAUCGAUAUAUCUUACAUGUAAAGCAUCUUGCGCAGGAAGACUGAAAAAAAACAAUAUUUUUAUUAUUUUCCCUGCCCUUAAAAACGGCUCUCCUCCGCCGCCUUUGGACGACGGAAAGUGCGAAAGUGAGUGACGAACAGCAAAUUGCCAACUGUUAAACGUAAACGUCGGUUCCAGUUGGUUUGUUUUCAGUGAUGCCGGUAUCUCUGGUGCAGACAUGCCGCAGUCUGGCUCUCUCAACAUGGCUGCUGUCUUUCUGCUUCGUACAUUUGCUGUGUUUGGACUUCACGGUGGCAGAGAAGGAAGAAUGGUACACGGCCUUCGUCAACAUCACCUACGUGGAACCGAUCACCUCCGAGAGGAGGUCGGAGAAGAGCGAGUGUGGCCGCUACGGGCAGCACUCGCUCAAGCAGGACGCCCGGGGCUUGCUAGUACUGCCCGCUCAGCACGACAAACUGGCCUGUGACCCCCAGGCAAGGUUUCAGCUGCCCCCCGACUCUAGCACCAAGGGCUGGAUCGCACUCAUACCCAAGGGGAACUGCACUUUCAAGGACAAGAUCUUGCAUGCCGCCAGGCAGAAUGCAUCGGCUGUUGUCAUUUACAACGUGGGGGCCAAUGUCAAUGAGACCAUCACCAUGCCACAUUCAGGUGCAGGAGACAUUGUAGCCAUAAUGAUUCCUGAGCUGAAAGGUCGUGAGAUAAUGAGCCUAAUUGAAAGAAACGUCACCAUAAUGAUGUACAUAACAAUUGGAACACGUAAUUUACAAAAAUAUGUCAGUCGUACCUCAGUUGUAUUUGUCUCAAUCUCGUUCAUUGUGUUAAUGAUCAUUUCGCUGGCCUGGUUAGUUUUCUACUAUAUCCAGAGGUUCAGAUAUGCAAAUGCUCGUGACCGGAAUCAGCGCCGUCUUGGAGAUGCUGCUAAGAAAGCAAUUGGUAAACUUCAAAUUAGAACAAUCAAGAAAGGUGAUAAGGAAACCGAAUCAGACUUCGAUAAUUGUGCUGUUUGUAUUGAAGGCUACAAGCCAAAUGAUGUAGUGAGAAUUUUACCAUGUCGGCACCUUUUCCAUAGGACUUGUGUGGAUCCAUGGCUACUAGAUCAUCGUACUUGUCCAAUGUGUAAAAUGAAUAUUCUGAAAGCACUAGGAAUUCCGCCAAAUGCAGAUUGUGCAGAUGACGUAACAACUGAUUUUGAUGGAUCCAUAGGAGGGCCACCCACUAAUCCGAUUACAGGUGCCAGUGAUGUGACAGUGAAUGAAAGUUCUGUUGGCCUUGAUCCUCCUGUUCGAGCCAUUGGCCUUUCACAGAUCAUUCAUGAAAGUGACAUUCUUCAACAAGUUGAAGAGGUUAAUGUUACUGCUAGCAACAGUUUGGAGGGGUUGGCUGGAUAUGAGCACUGUGAGUGGAGGGUGCUCAGAAGAAUGGAAGAGACUCCACAAAAUCUAUCUUCUCCGAGUUACAUCUCUCACACACCGUUGGAGACUGAUCAGGAGGAGGAGGGCUGGUCCUUGUGGGGAAAUGAAGAGGUUGUUACUCUCAACUAUUUGGGAGAAACUAUUAGAUGAUGAAGGACCAGUUGUGAGCAGCGAUUCAGAAACGUCACUGAUUCUGGCUGUUGAAGUUGGAUUUUCUGACAUAGAGCUCUCCACUGACCAGGAGUGUGAGGAGGUGAAAUCCUGAGAAGGGUUUAUUCUGUUUCUGGAUGUGGAUCAGGCAAGCACACAAAAUGACUGAAACGUUAUCUGGCGUAUUCAGAACUGGGAAGAUUGUGAGAGCAAUAGCGACAAUCGUUUACUCUUCCUUAGACACAGAUUCUUUAGCAUUCAAUGUCUUGUUUUCUUCAUGAGGAUGCUGCAAGCUUCUCUCUUGCUCUCAUUCCUAUAUUUAAAAAUGCUGUUAACAAAAUUCAGUGACUGAAGUGAAGAAAAUAACAAUUUUUCUGUUUACGUUUUUUAAUUUCAAUGAUGGUGAACUUUUUUUUAAUGUUUGUUUUUGCGACUGACUCCAGCUUUUCCAGAGUUUGAUCUUAAAUUUUUUUUAUUAAAAGGAUUAAUCCUGGAAUCACUGCCUCAACACUAAAAACAUUCAGUUGGUGCUUUUAAGUUAUAAACUGAAUUUUAAACUUGGCUCCAAGUCUUGCACAUCUGUGAAUCACUAGCUUUUUUUUGUGGUCAGCUUUAAGUAAAAUUUAUUUUGUUCAAUAAAAAUUCAGAGCAGCAACUUGCAGGUGCUGAAAAUACUUCUAGAAAUUCAUCUGCCACCUCCUUAACAUAUCUUUGCCAAUAGAAGAGCAUGUAAUGGUAUUGUGCAGGCAUACUGUGUAUGUAUACAAUGUGCUGUGAUAGUAACUUAGACAGAGUGAAUGUUCCAGCAACAACCUGCUUGCACUCUUAAGAAUUCAUGGUAGAUUGGAUUGUUUGAAUGUUUGUGUGUAUGAUUCAUAUUUGACAUUCCUCUAAGUGGCUAUUAACACACACGCGCGCGCACACACCGCUGAGAAAGUGGCCAAAUAGGUUAAACCACAAGCUUUAAUGGCUUUUGAGUGAUUGGAAAAAAAAUAAUUCUAGUCUUUACAGAAUUACAUUACACCAACCGACCUCAGCCAAAACACGAUAUAAUGGACUUUUCUAAUAUUUUAUGGAAUUUGAAUUUCAGUUGCAUAUAUCAUCUUUCCCAGCGGUAGCUUAUUGUACAGUCAAAAACAUGAAAAUGUAUUAGAAUUACAGAAUUGUUAUACGGAGUCUGAAUAAAUGACUUAAGUCAUGAGAUUCUACUGUGACAUUUUUGUAGAUAGAUCUUUCCAUCUUUCAAAAACAACCUUUCAUGUAAUAAAUAAAGUUGAAAAGAAUGAAAGAUUCCCUAGGGAGGACAUAUCACAAAGCAGCAAAGGUUGUAUGUUUUUGAAAUUACUGUACUGUUUUUGUUCUUUAGGUAGAUUGUUAACUAUUUAGACAUUAACAUUUGCAAAUAGGCAAUCUUUGAUAAUUUUAAUGAUGAUGAACAAAUUAAAAGCCCUACUGUGCCCUUAGGACCACCAAUGAAUAUAUCACCUGAUAUAUUAUUUUGGUUUUGAAACAACACAGCCAUAGGCAAUGUAGAUGGUUCAUUGAUCUAAAGAUAUUAGCGUUUUUGAGGUUACAGUUUGGCAGUUUAAUGUUGAAAGGAAAUACGUUCAUGUAUAUAAGUCUGGGAUUUGAAUGGGAAGGAAGUAGAGCCCAGUAGACAUUUUAGCACCAUUCUGUUUGUUGCUUGAAUUUGAUGAUAGUUGUUAAACUUGCAAAGAUGGAAAAUGAAUUAUAGAAAGGCAUUUGACUGAAAAUCUUAUGAUGAUGAAAUUGUCUGAUAUUAGCGUUUUAAAAGAUGUACUUUUUCUGACUGAAACACAAGUUUAGAAUUACUAAAUGUUGCUGAUCAAGAAAAGCAUGCAUGAAUGCCAUUGAGAAAUCUUAGACCAAAGUGGAAAGGGAUAGGAUGUAGAAUUGUAGUUCAUCAAUGCAAGAUGGAAAGUCGUCUAAACCAUUUCCUCAAGUCACAUGCUUUGCUGUACAAGAGGGUUUACUGGAAACUGCACUCCUGUUAACUUUUCUCCUGACAGCAGCAAAUCCAGGAAAGGUUUGAAUUGCUGUUUGAGUGUUUCUUGUUGCUAUAAGAAAUCUCAGCUGCUCUCCUCCAGUUGCUAGCCUCUCAGAAAGAUUCAUCAAAGUUUUUGUGUGGUUAUGUUUUACGUUUUAGUAAAAUCUAGUAUGCAAAAUUCUUGUACCAUUUUCCAGCAGUGCCGUUUUAUUGUGCAUUUUGCGAAGACCUGCCAUGAUUGGGAUAACCUGAUGAUUAGAGGCAUUGGACUCCUGUUGCUUCUCAUUUACAUAACUUAGCUAUGAAACCAUCUGUAAGAUUGCCACAUUUAUCGAUGAGACAAAAUUACAAAAAUCUUUAAGAUGUAAAGAUGCAACAAAGACUUUCAGAAUGAUAGAAUGAUUUGCAGAUUAUGCUAGGUUUCUCGUGUCAUUGAUUGUGAGGAAAAUAUCUAGACUGUGAGAAGAUAACAAUGGACUAGUCAGGAGUGCAGAAAUAUGUUACAUUUCAAACUGGAGAAUGUGCAGUAAUGCAUUUGGGGAGUGCAAAUAAGCAAGGAAAUAAAAAAUGAAUAGCAGCCUUCUCGAGAGUCAAGGAACAGAGAGAUUUUGAAGUAUAUGUCUACUUCAAGGAAGGAGACAAGGCAAACAGAUAGGAAGGUCAAGAAGGCAUGUGAAAUAUAUUGCUUUAUUGGCCAAGCCUACAGUAUAAGAGCAGAGAGCUUUUGCAAGGACGGUUUUAAGUACUAGCCAGACUACAGCUAAAGCACUGCUUUUAGAUCUGCAUGCUGCAUUACAUAAAGGUUAUGAGCACAUUUGAGAGGAUAUAGUGAAGAUGUAUGAGAAUAUUACCAUGAAUUCUGCGGAAAGACUGAAUUGGCAAGAAUUGUUUUUUAUUGUAACAGAAGUUCCAAGGGGAGAUUUAAUUGCUCUGGGUAGAGCAAAUAGGAAGGACCUAUUUCAUUUAACAGAAGAUAAUUACCAAUGGGCACUCGGAGAAUGAUGGAACUCACUACCUGAAAGGGUGAUAAAGGCACACAUCUUUCACUAUACUUAAAAACACACUUGGUUAUGCACUCAAAGUGCUGAGAGUUACAGGGCUGUGAACCAAUAGCUGGAAGGUAGAUUAGACUGAAUAUGUCUGUCUUUUUCAGCCAGCAUGGGCAUGGUGCGAUUACAAAUUAGUAUGAUUUUGUUUUCACAUCUGUAAACUUAUUCCUGACUUAACAGAUGCUCUUUUCUUGACUUUCAGAAAAUGCUGGCCACCAGAAUGGUAAAGCUAUAUUUUUUUUGAAGUGGCAUCACUUGGGAUAAUACUGUGGCACAAAAAACAUUGAAAAAUUAAAGCUAACAUAGAGCCAUAAAGAAAGUAUUAAAGAGGUAGAUUCUUGAGCACUGUUUAUAGCUUUACCUUACCUUCAACAAGUGUUGACCGAAGUAUCAUACUUAAAACAGUAUUACUAAUGUGCCCAAGUCCUGAACUUCAAACAGAUGCCAAUCCAUGUUGCCUCUUCAAGCCUCCAUUAAAUAUGGUUCCAUCCACAGCACUGCAUUGCUGUACCUACAUUAUCUUUGGAUGAGGUAAACCAAAUCUUCUCAACAGGACUGCAUCUUAAAACAUUGUUUGUUUUUAAAGGUUUCUGCAAGGAUUGCCUUUAUUUUCAUUUCAACAGUCAAUAAGAGUCUUUCCUGUUAUAUGGCUGUCUUGGCUAAAUUUGUUGGGGACCAUUGAUCACUGUCUACCCAUUUAAACUCCUAAGUGGCAUCAAUGCCAGUGAAUCCCAGGGUGGCAUUAGUUUUGCCUCACAUUCAAGCCCUGCCUUUUGCUGAUUUAAAGAUGACAUUAUUACUAAAAGGUGGGGGUGUUGGCCUAGCAAUAUUAUCACUAGCAACCCAGGUUUAAAUCCUGCCAUGGCAGAAGGUAGAAUUUGAAUUCAAUAAAAAUCUUGACAUAAGGGUCAAAUGAUGACUCUGGAACCAUUGUCUAUUGUUAGAAAAAGCUAUCUGGUUCAUUAAUGUCUUUAGGGAAGAUAAGUACAACCCUUACCUGGUCUGGUUUACAGGUAACUCCAGACCCAUGGCAAUGUGGUUGACUCUUAACUGCGAAUAAGGGUGGACAAUAAUUAUUUGCCUAGUCAGUGACAUACACAUCCCAUGAACAAAUUGAACUUUGUGUGUGUGUCCCUAAGAAGUCCAUGCUCCAUGUGACUUUUUCAGUUUAGAUUAGAACCCGAUAUCCUUUAGUAUUAAUUUAUUUUGAUAAGAGGAAUGAGAAGAGACUGUAUUAUAAAGGGUACAAUUCCAAAGCGGAUGUUUGAGUAAAGCAGCCUCGGGGUAUGUAUGCACAAAUCAUUGACAGUGGUAAGGCAAGUUGUUAAAGCUGUUAAUAAUGAACAGGAUGUUUGCCUUUACAAUUAGGGACAUAACUUCUUUUUUAACAUCAUGAUAAACGUAUAAGAAACUGGAUUGUCCUCAACUACGAUUUUGCACCCCAAAGUCCUUAUUUUCACAAAGAUAAGCCUUUUUGCCAUGGUGCAAAUGUGAAAUCUAGAGGUUAUGUGGUGUUUCUAUCUACAGAGGCCUACUAAAAAGAAAGUUUGCAUUAUACUAAUGUAACAAUUUCUGGUAGCAAACAAGUGGAAUUAGGUCACCAUUCAAUACAACGUUCAAUACCAGAUUGUUGCUAUAAAUGGAAUGUUAACAACGCAUAAGUGAGAGGAGAUUGGUCUAGAUUGCUAUAUUUGAGACCACAUAUGCCAAACCAUUGCUGUCCAGACUUUUCAGUGCUGUUUUGCACUGUGUAUAUGGUUUAUUUCGAUUCACUCCCUUUUUAAAUAUCAUUUUAAUAUCCUUUAUUAAAGAUGACAUCAUCCAGGUUUCGUAGAACAUGGGUUUCUGUUUAGUAGGUCAAUGGUUAUGCGCUAGAGAAGGACACAUUGCCUUAAGUUUAAUAGAUUAGUAAUGGAUUUAUUUGUUUUUGAUGCAGCUCACUAUUAUUAGGUAUGCUGCUUUUGUCCUCCAAAACAUCAGUCCAGUUGAAAUAUUUGUUUUGCUUUCUCAGUGCUAUUUCUUCCAGUUGUUUUCAUUUCUAGUAAAUACUUGUUUGGUGAGUGUUAAGCCAAAUGGCAAAUGGAUUGCAUGGUGAUAACAAUAGAAUUUCUUGUUAUUUGGCAUAUUGUUGUAUGCUGAAACUUGCAGGAUAAUAGGCUAAAAUAUUUUACAGCUGUAUUAGCAGUUAUAAUACAUUUUCCUAUAGAAUUUUCUUUAUGUAUGGUGUUGGAACUAUUUUCUGUUUGAAGUGAAUCAUUGAAGCAUAAUGUUUCUUCCCCUAUAAUGCACUUUAUUUUUUUUUAAGAAAAGCUGGCAUCCAAGGAUGUUACUGGGGAAAAGGGAUUUGCCUGAUGCAAUCAAUGAUGAAGCAUAUUUCUUUUUUGGUUUGCUGUACUUUAAAUUGCUUGAUCAUAGACUUGAUGUUUGUACAAAAGGGGAGGAAUUAAAUUCACAUGUGGAAGCAUUAUUCAGUAGCCUAUUACUACUAUUUUGUUACAUAGACAAAAUGUAAAUAUGUGCAGCUGUGUUGGUAUGUACCAGGUAAAAUGUUACAACAAUACAAAAUUUAAAAAAAGAGUCCCAAUAAAUUUUGAUUGAAC